AUGGACCCAUUCUCCCGCCUGCCUGUGGAGUGCCUGGAGCAAAUCCUACGAUGCAUCUCUUCAUUAUCCGCCUUCCAGGCUCGCCCUACCUUGGCCGCCCUCUGCCGGGUCAAUCGACACAUUUCACGAGUCACAAUCCCCUUUCUAUAUAAAGACCCGUUCCGACUGGCCGACGACCGCGUCUACAAGGUCAAAGCACCUCGUCUGUCUCGAGCCCUUAUCCGCUCUCUUGUCAUUAGGCUUCCCACCACCCACGUCCAUCCAGCCUUGCUCCUCGGGUUGCACAUUCCCCCCUACUUCACCACCACCAAUAACAACAACAGCAUUAAAACCAGCCCCGACAGCAUGUCACCAACCUCUCGCAGCAUCGACUAUCACGGUCUUAUUCGCCACCUCAAUAUCUAUCCAUCGACAUUCUUGGUGUAUAAUAGCGCCGGGACUCCCAAACCCAAUUACGCUGUCGAGAAGGCGUAUAUCCACGGACAAACCUUCCUGGAUAUGUAUCUCAAGGAUCGGAAGGAUGCAACUUGUGUCAAAACAAGUCAGUCCUCUUUACUCCUCCAGUACUACCCCAACGUUCUCCACCGAGAAGCAACCUGGACCCUCGCCGCUCCUAUUCUCGACCAACUGGAAUCCCUCACCAUUCUUCUCUCCGAUCUCGACCGGUACUGCCAGGUUGUCGAUCGAUUGGGCAGACUGGAGCACCUUGUCGUCUACCUGGAUGUGGCCUUUACUUGCUAUUGUUGCAUGCGGUCGCCUAAUGAACAAAGGAGAAAGUUGCGUGAGGAGGCGACGAUGCGCCAGUUGGUCCAGCUAGUCAAGGACCACAUCUCAAUAUUCCCUGGUCGCCUCAAGACUGUCGCCACAUACAACUCUCCCUUUUGGGAUAGUGCUGGACCCCAGUCAUGCCCCAAGGAGAUUAAGCAGAAGAUUUUUCAGAUGCUACCUUCAUCGUACAGACCCGACUAUAUUUCGACAUUCAACUGGGACAAGAUUUCGACAUUCCUCAUGACCACGGACCUGAGUGGUGUCAAGACCAUCCAUUGGGUCUUCGGCCUUCUCCCGCCAUACAGUUGGUUUGGACCAGCAGUGGAUCACCAGAAUAUCCUCCAGCGGUGCCGGGCGUUGACACAACUCGAGGUGUACUGUUUAGUCCGGAACUGUUUCGAUUGGGCUGUCCAGGAGAAGAAGGAUUUCGACAGUCGACAUCUUGAUACGAGCGGUAGUUCGAGUCCUAGUAGUAGACUUGUGGCACUGUCCAAGGUCACUAUCCAGCAGUUUAAUUUGCCAUUGCACGAUCUUGAUGCACUCGCCUUUGCUUUCAGUAGGACGUUGGAGCACCUCGAUAUCCUGUCUUUUUCGGGACCGGGCCUUACUCUGCCUGUCCACAUUGGUCGUGGUUGGCCCGACCUGCGCCACCUGAAGAUCCUGAAAAUACAUGCGCCAAAACAUCGGCUCGCGUUGGAUCCACUCCUGCUCGCCCAAUGUCCCACGCUGACCGAAGUCAAGGUCACGGAUGAAACCUACGAGUACUCCAGUGAGGAUAUCGUCCACUGUCUUUCGGCCGCUUUGCCUGGCCUCACGAAGCUAUACCUGAAGGGUUGGAGUGCUUUGAGUUUCCACCCAAUGACACUCAAGUCAACUCCAGAGCUGACAACUCUAAAGUUGAGCAUGCACCGGUCCGAGCAUUGCUUUAUCCCACCUGUUGCCGAGCUGAGCAGUUGCCGUGGUUUUUACGCGGAAGGGGAUGGAUCUCAAACGGCGUCAGCUAUUUUGCUUGCUCAACCUCAAUGGACUUGGAGUUGGCAUUUGCCUCGUCUGAAGCAUCUGGCGUUGACAUCCGAGUUUGCCUACCGGUUUGAGUUCAAGAUGCUCCAAGGAUGUCCAGCUCUCGAAUACCUUCGUUUACACAUGAGAACUACUGAUCGACACCAUGCUCGAGUGAUCACUGAGAAAGAUCUAUAUCUCCACGAAAGACGGAUUGUCGCACCCAAGCUGCGCAAGCUGUACAUGAACGGUCGUUGGUUCAUCGAAAGCCCGUCGGUACUGCUGCCACAGUUUCUUGGUCGGAUGUUCCCAAAGUUGGAGCGAUUGGUUGCGAGAGGGUGA